AUGAGUGAACAAGAAGGUAUUGCUGUAGGUAAUGAACAACCCGUAUCAAUGGGACCAACUAUGGGAAGUCAAAUGAGUAUGCCACAAAUGAGUCAAGGACAAGGAUUACAAAGUGGUCUAUCAUAUGGCGCAGGUGCUCCUAAUAUGAUGUAUCCAACUACAACUAUAGCUGGUAAUGGGUAUUAUUAUCCUCAAGCAUCUAUUGGAAGUAUUCCAAUGUCUUAUGCUUCUAUGGGGGGGAUGCCAGGAAUGUAUGAAGUAGAUCCAAAUGCAAUAAAUAAUAUGUAUGCAACACCAUAUGGCACUGCAAUGGGUAGUAGCUUUUACAUGCCAAAUCAAGUAAGUGGUAAUGUCAUGACUAUGCCAUUUACUUAUGAUCCAUAUGGUUUGAUUAAUCCAGGAAUUAUUCCACCAAUAACUCACCAAAAACAUGCAAAAAAGAAACGUUCUGGUUGUUGCUAA